GCGCGAGCGAUCUCGACUUUCAUUCCUCAACUUGCAUUGUUCAACCAAACCGUAGGGUAACAGGGAACAUUCUCAAUCCUCUCGCAAUUAUCCCGCCCCAUUCUCCAAAUUUUGCCAAUAUUUAUUACGCUUGCACUCGGGAGUGCACACGGACCUUCAUUUCAUCUGAAAUCGUCACUGUCGCUGUGGGCACACGUCAGACACCGACUUGAAUACGGAGCUAUCUGUAUAACGCAAACAUAUCAACGACCGACCAACAAACUCACACCACACAUGUCCCCUUCCCUCCUCCCCCGGUGGGUGGAGCAAGCGACUACCUUAUCUGCAAGCCCCCUGGCGCAACGAGGGCUCGUGGAGGAUGAUCCCCUCAGGUUCUCCCAUGGCUUAACUGGCGUCGACCAGAUAGGAAACUACCUCUGGGUGAAGGUUAUAGGGCUAUGCUUCGCCGCAAUAUGCGCCGGUACCCUACUCUUUAGCAUCUCCAACAGGGUUUAUCGGCAUAUUCGACAUUUAACCGCUUUGGGGAAUCCGCAGAAUCAAGGCUAUUUCGCUGUGAACAGGACGUCGUUUUGGCCGUGGAUUGAGAGGCACAUCUUCGCGGCUCCGCUGUUCAACAGGCGGCACAACCGAUCGUUCCAGCUUUCGACCGCUAUUGAUAAUGGAACCCUGCCCGGUCGCUGGCACACCAUUAUCCUGACCGUCUACGUCAUGAGCAAUGUUGCAUAUUGCUUGGCACUUCCUUGGGGUAGGCCUGAAUCCGCGUCCGUGGUAGCAGCGCUUCGUGGCCGAUCUGGGACAUUAUCAGCCCUCAACCUUAUCCCUACUGUCCUCUUCGCUCUCCGCAACAACCCUCUUAUCCCCUUGUUGCAAGUCAGCUACGACGACUUCAACCUAAUGCACCGCUGGGCAGCUCGAAUCACCAUCGUGGAGGCCCUCAUCCACACACUUGCCUGGUUCUUUAACGCCAAAUCAGGGGGAGGACUACAUGCGGUUGCAGCGGAGCUUCGCACCCAACCAUCGUAUUCCUGGGGCAUGGUAGGAACCGUCGCCUUCCUCUUCCUGUUCCUCCAGUCUAUGGCACCCAUCCGCCACGCCUUCUACGAGACCUUUCUCAACGUUCACAAAGUCGUCGUCAUGUUCGCACUGAUCGGCACCUUCCUCCAUCUCCAGAAACACCAUCUCCCCCAGCUGCCCUGGAUGCAGAUCAUCUUCGCAUUGUGGGGUCUUGAGUACUUUUGCCGCGUCGGCCGCAUCAUCUACUUCAACUUCAAGCCUGGUAAAGUCACUAAGAUGACCAUCGAAGCCAUGCCUGGUGAAGCCGUGCGCAUCACCUGCAACAUGCAGCAAUCCUGGACUCCACAGCCAGGCUGCCAUGUACAUAUGUAUCUCCCGGGGUUAUCUUGGUGGUCCUCACAUCCAUUUUCAGUAGCCUGGAGUCGGAACCAAAACCUCCCGCCCACUACCCCGAAAGAAAAGCAACUCUCGCUACCCAUGUCUUCGAAAGAUUUAGUAUCUCCACCACAGGCCCCGGCAAAGAGCAAACAAAUCAGCCUCAUCUGCCGUGCGCGCACAGGCAUGACACGCAAAAUGUACGAACGCGCCUGCAAAUCCAAAAACGAGACCUACACCACCUGGGGCAUGUUAGAGGGUCCUUAUGGUGGCCAAAAUAGUCUUGAUUCCUACGGCACCGUCGUCCUCUUCGCAGGCGGCGUUGGUAUCACCCACCAAGUUAUGUACGUCAAGCAUCUCAUCCGCGGGUUCCACGAGCGUACCACGGCAACCCAGAAGAUCCUGCUCGUCUGGACGGUGCCGGAUUCAGAGUGCCUCGAGUGGGUACGGCCGUGGAUGGACGAGAUUCUAAGGAUGCCGGGGAGGAAGAAGGUGUUGCGCGUCAUGCUGUUUAUUACGAGACCAAAGCGAGCGCUGCAGAAUACGAGUGAUACAGUGAAGAUGAUCCCUGGGAGGUGCAAUGCGGAAACAAUUUUAGGGACGGAGAUGGAGAGUAGGGUGGGUGCAAUGGCGGUUACGGUUUGUGCAAGUGGAGCGUUUUCAGAUGAUGUGCGAGCGGCAACUAGGAGGAGGAUGGAGACGGGGGUUGUAGAUUUUAUCGAGGAGGCGUUUACUUAUUGAGGGGGUUUUCUGACUUCAACUACACAUGGUGGUGUGGGAGGAGGGGAGCACAGCUUUUUUCUGGGUAAGCCUGCCACGUCUACGUUCACUUAUGCCUUUGUUGCAUACCCACCCACAAGUACAAUCCCCAACAAGCAUUGCAUUGCGU